CAGCAGCAGCGACAACAACAACAACUGCCGCAGCAGCAACUUCAUCAACAGCCUAGCCAGCAGCAGCAGCUUCUUCAUCAACAGCCUAGCCAGCAGCAGCAGCUUCAACAACAGCCUAGCCAGCCGCAGCAGCAACUUCAUCAACAGCCUAGCCAGCAGCAGCAGCUUCAACAACAGCCUAGCCAGCAGCAGCAAUAUCAACAGCCUAGUCCGCAGCAGCAGCAACAGCCUACUAGCCAGCAGCAGCAACAUCAACAGCCUAGCCAGCAGCAGCAAUAUACCAGCCAGCCUGCUGCAAAGCCACCCAUGGCGGCAACUUCCUCAAAAUGGUCGACGCAGUUGGCCGCCCUUGGAACGACGGUCGGAACAGCGGCUGCACGCGAGGGCGCCACCGAGCUGGUAGCCUACGAGAAGAAACACGCCCCACAACAAAUGGCGGAGGCACGAAAGGGUGCUGAGGGGGAGUUCAAACAUAUGGAGACGGAGUAUAAAAAUCUGGAGACGGAAUUCAAAGAGGAAGAGAUGAACUGGCUUUGCUGCUGCUUUGAAUCAUCGGAGAUGAGGACGAUCCAAGCGCCCAUGUAUUCCGAGUCAAGUUUAUCUUCGCAUCCAGAGAUUCAGUUUGGAAAAGAGAUCUAACGCAUAGAAAAUACUAUCCACUUUGAGCAAUGUUGUUG